GUAUGAGGAUGAGGUUGGAAGGUUGGAGGAGAGAGUAAAGAAGAGUGAGGAGGAUAGAAAUGAAGCGGAAAACAAACUUGAUAAGAUUGAAACUGAAUAUGGCCUGGCUCUGAAGAAAUGGAAGCGUGUGUUGGAAGAUAAAAAUCGAAUUAUAGACUCACUAAAGAGUAAAGGAGAUAUAGAACUAUUGAGGGAGGAGUUGGCGAGGAGGGUAGAGGAGUCGGAAAACACGCGGCAGGAGAUGGCAGGGAUGGCACAGCGGUGGGAGCAGGAGGUCAGGAGUAUACAGGAGACCCACAUUAAGGAGAGGAAGGAGUUCGAUGAGAUCUCUGAUAAGUAUCGAUGUUUAAAGUCUAAGGUUCGGAAAUAUCAACGUCAUGUUGAGCUGAAGGAGAACCAUUACAAGCAGGAGUAUAAUAGACUAGAGACAGAGUUCAAGUCAACCUUGGAACGAUUGAGGGAGCGAAUGGAACAGGCAUAUAGUGCGAAGGAACGAGAGGUUGAACAGGAACUCGGGAAUAUGCGGGAUCAAUUCACACAGGAGUUGAAGAAUAUUGCUGGCAGAAACCAAGAACCGAAAAAUAUGGAAACGUUUGAGGAUGAAUCCUUGAAGCGUUAUUAUAUAAAGACGACAGAAGAGAUAAGUCAGCUACUCAAAUAGAUAAAUCUAAAUCUUAUAUAUAGAUUUUUAUGAAAGUAUAUUCAUUUUUUUGGAGUUUAUGUGAAAAUUUAUUAUUUGACGCAUUUUCUAUUGACUUUUUGUUAGGAUAUCGCGCAUAGUUUUUUAAAGCAUUUAUUCUCGAAACCAUUCCUUCCAAUAUCGUACCUUAAAUAUUUUGUUGAGCGAUCACAGAUUAUCUGUGCUCUUUAAAUACCUCAGACUUGUAUUUUUGUGGUCUCAGAAUUCCUACUAGAAUACAAUCAAUCUAUUUUUCUCAGCAGUUUAAAACACGGAAGAAACUAUUUGAAGGGGCAUACAGUUUUCUUAAACACCAUUCCACAAUAAUUAUUUUAGCAUAAUGUUGACAAACUAUUUAAAGCAUUUUACGCAUAUUAAGAAUCGGAAUUGGUCUUGCACUUCUCAUUCGCUCUGAAGAAUCUCUGUAGAAAAUGUUUACCCCUGGAAGUGACUGUGAUUUAAUUUUUUGUUUAUUAAUGUGAUAUUUUUUGGAACCAACACGCUUCAUAUUGUCAUUAUUCUACCUAAUUAUUCUUUAUUAUCUUUUCUUUUUGUUCAUUUCUCCCUUUGCGCAGUUGGGUUGAACCUGUUUUGUUAUAACCCAUAAACUUAUGAUUAAGCUUUUAGCAAAUUAUACUGUUAAAUCAUCAUUUUAUUAUUUUUUACUAACAUCUGUUAAGAUUAUCAUUUUUUUCGCUUUAUUUAAAAACAAAAAUUAUUCUCUUCUUUUAAACCAAAAAAAAGUGUUUUAAAAAUGCCUUUCUUCAGACAGUUUUGUAGAAACUUACAUUUUUGUAUGUGUGUUUAAAAUUAUUUAGUUAUGACCGUAUAAACCUUUAAUAUAUAAUUAAAUUACAGAA